AGGAGGACGGCGGGGGCGGGACGCAGCUGGAGCAGCGCGGCUUCCACCAAUCACAAGGCGCCCAUCAGAAUCGGACGUUGGGAGAGGCUGAGCCAAGUCGGCAGGAGGCGGGGAUUGCGGAAAAGGCGAGCCAAUGGGAGAACAGCUUCCCCGCCCCUGCGCCUUGAUGGAUGGCCGCGGUUUGGCCAAUCGGGGAAUUCUCGCUGGGAAGACAGCGGGAGUUUUACGCUGGGCUUGGGUCUCGGAGGCCGUAGCUCUGAGGGGAAAGGGUCGGGCGUUUGCCUCGCGGAAGAACUUCGAGGGUCCCGAGGAUCCGACAGCAAAGUGCUCGGACCCUUGCAAGAAGUCACGUGGGCCUUCAGGGGGCGGUGCGCAGAGGCUGCGCGAGUUUCUUCCGGGUCAGAGGCCGGUGCGUCCGCCCGGCAGCGGCUACCUCGGGCGCCCGGUUCUCCGUCGACACGAGGGCACCGCAGUUCGCGCCAUGAGCUCCCAGAAAGGCAAUGUGGCUCGUUCCAGGCCCCAGAGGCACCAGAACACGUUUAGCUUCAAAAACGACAAGUUCGACAAGAGCGUGCAGACCAAGAAAAUUAAUGCAAAACUACAUGAUGGAGUAUGUCAGCACUGUAAAGAAGUUCUUGAAUGGCGUGUAAAAUACAGCAAAUACAAACCACUGUCUCAGCCUAAAAAAUGGGUUAUCACUGGGGUUUAGUGCCUACACCACAAAUCCACUGCUCCUAUUGGCCAUCCUCUCCAUUCUGUUGUUGUUGGGCAGGACAAAGAGAAACUGAGAGAGGGGGAGAGAAAGAUAGACACCUGCAGACCAGCUUCACCUCCUGCUAAGCGACUUCCUGUAGGUGGGGAGCUGGGGAGUCGAACCAGGAUCCUUGCACCUCAUACUAUGUGCACUUAACCUGAUGUGCUACCCUGUUUUGGAAUUUUUAUGUAAUAAAUAUGAUAUAUAGUCUUUUCUGUUUAACUUUUUGCAAAUUGAUAAAUCCAGCUACGGGAUGAUUUAUUUUCUUGAGACUAUAUUUUAAUACUGAAAGAUAAAAAGCUUCAGGAAGGGAUGGUGUGGUGGGAAGGGAGGCUGAGUGUCAAAGAGGGUAAAGUGGUGAACUCUCAAGUUCCAUCACAUGUCCCAGAGUGAUGCUCUGGUAUUCGUUCUCAUUCUCCAUCUCCCCCCUCCUCUCUCUCUCUGUUUCUCUCUAUCUCUCUCUCUCAUAAAUCAUUAACAGUAAAAGAAAGAAUAAUCUUAAUUUGGACCAUUUACAUUUUCUUGUGUUACUGUUGAGAGCAUAUUUUCUACUAUUGAUAAAGGUGUGGUUGUCCCCCUUUUUAAAUAAUCACUCUCCUAAUGUAUAGUCUUUUCUUUGUAUUCUCUAGUGUUCCCUUUCAAAAGAUUAGAUUUUUAGCAAAUCUGAUGAGCUUUUAACUCGCUGACUUAGAUUAGCAGUAGGAAAAUUUGGCACUUCUUUUGGUCAUCCAUAUUAGGUUUCUAUGAGUGUAUUAACUGUGUUUUCUCCCAUAGAAACUGAAUGCUGAUUGUGCAGCAAAGCAUGUAGUUUUAAUGUAUAUGGCUAGGAUAUGAUUUGUCCCUUUCUGAAUAUUUCAGCAGU